UCCGUGUGCCGGCGGGCAGGGCUCGGCCUUGCUCGCAGGCACUGCCGCCGCUCGGGGUGUCGGCAGCGGGCCGGGGGCUCCGUGGUGAAAGGGGCCCUCGGCGCCCACAGAAGGGCGGCCGGAUGCUGCCGGCCCUGCGGUGAAGUCUCUGGCCUCCCCCGUGGCUUCUCGUGUUGGGGUGCCCUGUCCCUUCGCCUCCCCGUUCCCUUGGGGACCCAUGAGGAGCUGGCAGUCUGCUUGCACCCCUGUGCCUGCUGCGGGGCCAGGGCAGGAAGGAGAGCUUUGUGUCUGCCAGGCACAGGUGACAGCAGUCGCUGUCCUGGGCAGAGAAAUAGCAGAAGAAAGUAUAUUUCGUGACCUCCUGGAAAUCCUGACAAGCACCACAAGUGAAAUUGAGCAGGCCUGUAAGGACUCCUGUGCAUUGGUAGAUCUAGACACCUGCCUGCUGCUCAUAGCAGAGUGUUUCAGAUGUCUGCGGAAUGCCUGUGUUGAGUGUGCCAAGAAUCAACAUGUCAUGAGGAACUUGGGUCUCAUCUCUACAUCUGUCCAUUUGAUCAAAUUGCUUCAUGGAAUACAAAUUAAAGAAGAAUUGUUAUUGACUGCUCUUCGUUGUAGUCUCCAGUUUCUUGGAAACAUUGCAACAGGAAAUGGAGAUUCCCAGAAUAGCAUUUGGAAGUGCGCUUUCCCAGAUCUCUUCUUGACAUGCUUAACGUACAGUGAUGAGAAAAUUGUUGCCUAUUGUUGUAUGGUUCUGUUCACCUGCCUUAAUUCAGAGAAAGUGAGAGAGCUACUGGAUCCUGGGAACUUGGCUGUGGCUCUUCAUGUCCUGAAAGUCUACAAAGAGCAGCUGGAGUCUGAGUGGUCGUUCUUGAUUGUUACAGACCAUUUGCUGAAAUGUCCGGAGUUGGUAACAGCCCUCUAUGCCAAACUGAGCAAUCAAGAAAGAGUUACUUUGUUGGAGCUGAUGAUGGAGAAAGUAAGUGAGAAGAACCCAGUUACCAGUGAAGAAAUUAAUGUGUUUAUGAGACAUGCUGACUUCCUUGUAGGAUGUUUCCAAGAGAAAUGUGAAGCAGUGCUCAAGUUAACUUCUGGAGAAGAUGAGGAAGCACUGGUUACAGUUCGUCUUCUUGAUGUUCUUUGUGAAAUGACAUCAAACAACGGACAGCUAGAACAUCUACAGGCUUUGCCUGGUUUGCUUGAAACAGCCAUAGAUACCCUGAGAUUAACUCAUCUUGCUGGGAAACAGUCUGUAAAUAUUUUCACUGCUACACACGCUAUGGCAGGGCAGGAAGAAAUUUCACAUCCAGCUGUGGAUUUUAAAUCUCAUCUCAUUCGUUUGAUUGGAAAUUUGUGUUACAAAAAUAAGGAAAACCAAGAUAAGGUUUAUGAGUUAGACGGCAUCCCCUUGAUCCUGGAUAACUGCAGCAUGGAUAGCAACAAUCCUUUUGUGAACCAGUGGGCAGUAUAUGCUAUCCGAAAUCUCACUGAACAGAAUGAGAGAAACCAAGAGCUUAUUGCGCAGAUGGAGGAGAAGAAGGGGCUGGCUGACAAUUCUGCCCUUGAGAGGAUGGGUUUGGAGAUAGAGAAACGAGAUAACAAGUUAAUUCUGAGAUCUGCCAGGAAAAAGCCGUCAUGAACAAAAAAUUAAGAACAGUCAAAUCAUGAAAGGAGGAUUUCUCUUUUAAAAUAUUUACCCCUGCCUGGGCAAUCAAGAUUUCUUCAGUUCCAGUCUGCUGGAAGUGUUAUGUUCGUUUUCAGAAAAACUGCUGAGUGAUACUUCUGCCUCACUCUUGUAAACAAAAGGACACCUAUAUAUUUUCUAAAUACCUAGGUAAAUUAAUCUAUGGAAAAAGAUCUUUUCAGAUGGUUUACAUUUCAUUACUUAUUUCAUUAAUAGAAAGAUGUCAUGCGUGCAGUAUUGGGUUGUAAUUUCCAUUGCUGAACCUGGAGAUAACUGUCAUUAAAAACUCAACAAAGAAAUAACUGCCUUGCACUCUGCUUUCUCCAUUUAAAAGAUCUGUGCUGAGUCAGGGCUAAACAAUGAAAGUUACUCAUUUUCAAUCAUGGUGCUCAAAUAUCUCUACUUACAUAAGGAUCAGUGGAACACUGCAUGUACAUAAAUAUUCAGUGAAUUAAAUGUGGCAUGCCUUCUGUGUAUUUAAAUUAUUACUAAAUUGUCUUUUCUACCUUGCUACCUUUCAGUCUUCAUGACAAGUAUAUUAAAAGCAAAGCUGAAGCUGUUGUGGCAACAGAUGCUACAUUCCUUUGCACUGGGGCAUGUCUCUGUUUUGGAGACUUGGGUGUUUGUUUGAAUUUUAUUUGUUCCUUUGGAUGGUAAGUCAGCCCACUUUCCUUUUAUUUUGCACUCUUCAUGGGUUUUCUGAACCCUGGCAGACUGCUGAAGAGGUAGUUUCUCACUGUGAUUAAUUCUAGCAGUUUCUUUUCACCCCUCUGCCUUUCCAAAACAUUGACAAAACUCAUUUCCAGUUAAUUAAUUCAAGAGAGGCAGAAGAAUGGAAGGCCCUGCCUCUUCAUUUUGGGUACCCUCCUAUACUGUUGUUGGACCCUGCCACUGUGGAAUGUGGCAUGAAUGAGAUGGGGGGGAGAAGGGGGGGUGAAGAAAGGGUGGGGAGGCAUGGUUAACUCUGUGUGUGCCAUAGCUUUCCCCUAGUAGCUGAGAAAUGUGAUCCUCCAUGCAUAAGGAAAACAAGAUUUAAAGUUUUAUUAUUAGUGCUUGUGUAUCACUGCUGUCAUUAGGUUAUCUUCAGCUGUGUGUAACAGGAAGGUCCCAGAAAAGUUAAAUUGUCCGUGGUGUUGUCAUUUAAUCCCAUUCUUAAAUGGAAAGGCAAGUUUAUGUCCUAAAACUACACGUACAUGUAACAGACAUUCAGCCAUGUACAUCAGCUGUUGCACCUCCAAUUGAUUUUUUGAUUAAAAAUGGAGGGAGGGGAGGGAGAAAGAAAAAAAAACAAC